AUGUUACCUGGAAUGGACAACGACAACGACAGCGCCAAGGUCGGGAAGCGGGUGACGGCCAUCGAUGCGGAGACAGACCGGAUGGCGCGUCUGUUCCUUGGGAAGGAGAACGAGGAGCAGGCCAAGCGCCGCCUCAAGAUCGUACAGUCCAACCCCAACUCUCACCUCAGCAGUGCCAAGACCUUCCAGGAGAUGGGGCUGCCGCCGGCCCUCCUCAAGGGCGUGCAAUCUCUAGGGUUCGAGAAGCCGUCAGCGAUCCAGGAGAUGGCGCUACCGAUGUGCUUGCGGCGGCCACCGGAGAACCUAUUGGCGCAGGCACAGAGCGGGAGCGGGAAAACGGCGGCGUUUUGCCUGGCGGGGCUGUGCAACGUCGACACCCGUCUCGCCAUGCCACAGAUGCUGGUCGUGACGCCGACGAGAGAGCUGGCGGUGCAGUGCGUGCAGGAGACGCUGUUGCCGAUGGCCAAGUUCAUGGAACCUCCCCUCGAAGUGUUUUCGGCCCUCAAGGGGACCCACCCGCCCCGCGAGGGGAUCCGUGCCCACGUGGUGGUCGGCACCCCCGGGUCCGUGGUGGCUGCUCUCGACAAGCGCAGGCUGCUGCUCACGCACUGCGCGACUUUCGUUCUGGAUGAGGCGGACGCUAUGCUCGAGGACUCUGGAGACUCUACCCAGCACCGCAACAAGUGCAUCCAGAUCAAGAACCGAUACCUGCCGCCGGGACAACACCAGACCCUGCUCUUUUCCGCCACAUUUCCCAGAGAGGUGAAAGAGUUCGGGCUUCAGCUGGCUCAGUCCCCAGUGAACGAAAUCAGUCUACCCGACGAGCAAGAUUUGGUUCUGGACGUGAUCACCCAGCUGUGGAUCGACCUCAGGCACACCCGACAGUCCCGCCUCGAACUCAUCCAGGAGCUGUAUGACGUCUUGGAGAUGGGUCAGAGCAUCAUCUUCUGCAGGACAAAGAGGGAAGCCGAUGUGAUCAACGAGAGGCUGCAGGCGCAAGGGUUCACGUGUUCGGUCCUCCACGGCUCCCUGGAUGGGGUAGACAGAGACGCCACCAUGGAACAGUUUCGCCUGGGCCACAACAAGGUGCUGCUGACAACGAAUGUCCUGUCGAGAGGAGUGGACGUGCCUGCAGUGUCGCUGGUGGUGAACUACGACAUGCCGACGAUGGGCUACUCGCAGGAUCCCGACCCGGACACGUACCUCCACAGGAUCGGCCGCACCGGGCGCUUCGGCCGCAGGGGCGUGGCUAUCAACCUCAUUCAGGAUGACAGCACGUUCAGGGUGAUGGAGUCGAUCGACAGGCAUUUUUCGCCGACGGGCUCGAUGCUUCGGCAAGCUAGCACGGACGUGGAGGAGCUGGAGAAGAUCAUCGUCGAGGAGUCUAAGAAGCGCGUAGAGAACAGAGAUCUGUCGUCUGAGCCAAUGUCACAGACUUAGGGUCGGGGUGGAGGUGCAGUAGUUGUUUUUGGAGGGGAGGAGGCGAAUCUGAACGAAAAGCAUGCAAGACGAAGUCCUGAAAACGGAGGUCAGUUGUUCAUGGUGGUAUAGCAGUAGUUGGGGAUGGGUUGUUGUUGUCGGCAUCUUUUGCAGGGAGAGUCGAAUGAGGUAUAUCUGAAUCCAAACAAAACAUGAACUCGCGAUUCGACGGGGCCCCCUCCGGAUGGGGUGGGGGGGUGUACUCACAGUCGUGCAAGCCGUAGUCGUUAGACCAUUGACCUCACAUCCCUACAAAGCCGGGACGGAGCACGCCGGGUUCUCACCGGACCAGGCUAGCACAUCACCAAGCGCGAAGCGCCGUGAGGAAUUCCGCGAGUCGCAUGAAGGGCUCGCUGCGCCCUGUUAAGGGUGUUCGGCAUCUUGUGCUUACUUCCUUGCGUACGCGGGGGGUUGUUGUUGCGGGAGGGGGCGGGGGACAAGAAUAUGAAGAGGAGAAUCCCAUGCAGCGGACAAGACAUGGUGAUGUGCGUAGCAGUCGAUCAUGCCCGACUCUCAAGGGUGUUUGCGAUGGGGAAGAGGGGGGUUCGUGAUAAGCCGUACUCAGAG